AUGGCUCUUCCAACAUACCCACCACCGUUUAACCAGCAAUAUGCGCAACCUACGCAAGGACAAGCUCCGGGACAGCCUCCAGGCCAACCCCCAGGACCCGGGUUUCCUCAUCAUCAACAGCAACAACAACAUUUACCACUACCACCACCACCUCCCCCUCCUCCACCACACCAUCAACAACGACAACAGCAGCAACAGCAACAGCAACAGCAACAGCAACAACUACAGCAGCAACAGCAACAACUACAGCAACAGCUACAACAACAACAACAACAGCAACAUCAUCAUCAUCCUUCGCAAAAUCACUACCAAGGACCACCUCCACCUCCACUACACCCGUCGGCUCUUCCGGGCCAUUAUACACCACCACCUCCACCGCCACUUUUAAACGGCGGAGCUGGUCACCCGCAAUCUCAUCACUCGGGUCAUAUCCCGGGACAUCCACCACCGCAGUCAUCUAUUAAUCAUCUACAUCAUCACCAUCUCCCACCACCUUCAUCAUCUUCCACUUCCUCAUCGACACCCUCAUCUUCCUCAUCUCCACAGUCAUCUUCUUCCUCUUCUGCAAAUAAUACCACCAGCAUAAACACCUCAUCCCACCACUACCCCUACCCCCAUUCCCACCCAAAUUUGGCGUCCAUGCCCUCCCAGCAGCAACAAUUUGCUCUUUCGCGACGCGCUUCUUCUGCCGUAGCAGCAGCAGCAGCUUCAGCUUCUUCCUCCUCCUCCUCCUCCUCCUCCUCGUCUUCUUCUUCCUCAACAGCCCCCCCUACUCGGUCACCUCCACAACCUCCUUCUACAGCUUCAGCACCAACACCAGGAACAUCUACUAUUGCUCUUUCGUCGCACAUUUGCAUCUGUCCAAAUACUACUCGAGUCCCACGGCCUCGCAACGCUUUUAUUCUAUACCGGCAACACCAUCAUGCCAAGGUCGUUGCCACCAACCCUGGAAAAACUAACCCGGAAAUCUCCAAAAUCAUUGGCGAGCGCUGGCGCUCGCUUGGUCAGGCUGAAAAGGACUUUUGGGUCCAGCUCGGAGACGAAGAGAAAAAAUCCCAUUCGGAACGCUUCCCUGAUUAUAGAUACCAGCCUCGCAGAAGUUCAAAGCGAGCCGCCUCAGCAGACUCAAUCCCAGGAAUAUGUCCAGUAUGCAAGGGUAUUACUUCUUCUGCUGCCGCGGCUUCAUCUUCAUCUUCAGCUGCAGUAUCAACGCCCGCAUCUCGCGACAAAAGUCCUUCUACAGCUGCAUCUGCCCCUGCCCCAAUACAUACCCAAGGACAAAAUCCGAUUUCUACAGCUCCUCCUAAUGGAUCUUCUUAUAGCCAACCUUCUACACCAGCUACAGCUCCAUCUCCAGCCCCAGCCCUACCCUCUCUACCCAACACUCCCAGCUUUCAUUCAAUGGAUUCACGUGUUGGGCUUCCAUCUUUACCUCCUCUUUCUCAAACUUCUUCUCAGUCUUCUACCCAAUCUUCCCAAAACUCCCAAUCUUCUGUUCUUCCUUUGCCUUCUUCUCUAAGCAAUCAAUACCCCCGCAACUAUCAUAAAAACUCGGCUCCUGCUGCUUCUAUCGAAACUGAUGUUUCAAGCAACAAGUAUGACUUGUCCUAUCGCCACCAAUCGGCCCCUGAAAUCUCUCAUUCAACUACUGGUAGUUAUUAUCCUCCAGCAAAUACUCCACCUGCUGCAUCUUCUGCAUCACAUUUUAACAGUGGAGGCUCUGGUUCUGGUCCAGGCUACCACCCGCACAACGGGUCUUUGUCGUCUUCAUCAUCCUCCACUACUUCAGACGCGUACAGCGCGUCUUCCUUUUCAUCUUCAUCCAGCUUUAGCUCCGUGUCCUCAGGGUCUCUUUCAGCUUCUGCAUCAUCAACGUCUUUAUAUUCUAUGCCAAACUACCACCAGGGACCACCGCCGCCUCCUGGCCACCCUUCCCAUCAUGGGUUUCAAGGCCCUCAAGGACCUUUACCCAGAUUGGAAAAGCUUGGUUCGGAUCCAUACAAUUAUUAUUACAGUCGAUCAGAGUCUUCUUCGACACGUACGUCUGCAUCUUCUCCAGCUGACUCUCCUUUGCGGCCCUUUACAUUUAAGCGUGAUUCCAAACCGGUGGAGCCUUUGGAUGGGACUACCGCUAGCAACAAUAGCAACAAUAGUAACAACAACAACAGCUCGUCUCCUGCCACCUCAGCUACGGCAACUCUAGUAGCAGCAUCAUCUGCACCUUCAUCGGCAGCAACAGUAACAGCUGGACCACCUCCUCCCCCUAAUUCGCACUCGCACGCUCCAACAGUCACUACAAAGUUACGAUCUGUAUUUUCUUCACCUAGACAGCGUGCAUUUCCUUCUAGUCCAGGAGGAUCUCAAGCUGUAAAUAGCGUUACUAAUGUCACCAAUGCUACUACUACAACUACAACAACAACUACCACUGCAACAGCUGCCGUUUCAAUGACAACGUCGCUUAUGGAAGAGGAGAUUGCAUUUAAGCGCCGGCGCACGUCGUCAUACCACGACCCGUUGCUUUCUGGGACUGUGGUGCCAUCGCGCACUGAGCGUUACAAGUCUGCAUUUUCACUGGCUAAUUCGCACCGUGGCGAGCAUGCGGGAGGUGCCGCGCCAACUCACUAUAACGCGUUUAACAGCACACAUGGGUUUUACGAGACGCCGCUUGUGUCAAUCAACGAGCAGUCGGACUCGCGCGGCAGCAGCAUUGUUUCUUCUUCUUCCUUUUCUGGUGCAUCGCUACGCUCAGUAUCGUGUGCAUCUGUUGCUUCUACAGCAUUUCAAGGGCUGCUUCCAGAACUUAGCAUUUAUGACAAGUUUGAGAUGAUUGCUGGUUUGUGCAAAAUCCCACCCAAGGUUGUUUCUGGAGACCAAAAGCAACCAACUUUGAUUGCUGUCGAGGGCCAGGACUCUGAGUUGAACCAGCGUGUGGCUGCUGAGUUGACCCAAAAACUGGGUGCACAAUCUGUGCGGUUGGACGGCGAUGCCAAGCCCUUGUACCUGACUGAUGUUGAGGCUGUUCGGAUUUGGCGUAUUGCAUGUUUGCACCAACAAAUGUCUAGCCUUAUUAAGCGCCAACGGAGCAAAACAAAGAAGGAUGAAAGAAACAAUAGCAACGGUUCUAAUAAUGAUAACAACAACGACAACGACAACGACAAUGAUAAAAAUGACAAUAAAAACACUGAUGAUAAACAACAAACUAAUGAUAAUAACGAUAAUGACAGUAAUAAUAAUAAUAAUAAUAAUAAUAAUAAUAAUAAUAAUAAUAAUAAUAAUAAUAAUAAUAAUAAUAAUGACCAUAACCACGGUGAUGAUAAAAUUCUGGUGCUUAGUGAUUAUCUUUUGAGUGCGGCCAAUGAUCUUGCAGCUGACAGCACUGAUGAUGAAGAUGAAGAGAUGGAGGAAGAAGGCCAUGAGGACGAAGUAAAGCAGGAGAAUGGAGACAGCAGCAGUAGCGGCAAGACUGGGGACAAUGCAGAACCUUUGAUAGAUAUAGACAAGUCUCCUGCUUCCGCUUCUGCUUCUGCCAGCAUUACUGAUUUGCGCCGAACUCCAACGCCAACAAUCACUCGGCGGCCCAUUUCUGUGUCUGACUUGACGAACCCUGAACCUGAGCCUGAGUCACGCGAUGCUCGUGACCACACUGUUUCGCCUGCGCGUACGGCAUCUCCUCCUCCAGUUGAUCCGAUUGAGCGCCGUGAUGGAUCGCUUGUUCGGCGUGAGGUCAAUCGAGUGCUUACCCAGCGCAAGAGCCAUACAGCGCAGAAGAAUGCUCGACGACGUGAGCGGUGGACAUCCAGCGUACACAUGUUACGGGGGCUUCCUAGUGCGGACAUUGUUGUGUAUGUGGAGCCGCUAAAUAAUGAUUGUCUCAACAACAGCAGUAACAAUAGCAGUACAUCAGACGAGAAGUGCAUUGAGGUUCGGAUGACUGGGCUACGGAACGGGGCUAGAGUGGCAGUUGUACAGUGCUGUUCGGGAGGAGAAGCUCGGGUCGUGGCCGAGGUAUGUGCGGCUCUUGGUCUUGCACAAUGA